CGGGUAUUAAGGUUUGGAAGAAGGUUAAAUAGAUCGUUGUUGGUCCCCUCUUUUUUUUUCGCUUUGAAGGGUGGUUUUGGGACUUGUGUUUCGAUUCUUUUUCAACUUUACCUACCAAGCUACUUGAUUGAUUUUUUGGACAUUUGAAUCAUGAGGGUUUCUACCGUUGCGGUGCUGCUGUUUUCUGGUGCGGUGAAGGCGUGGGAUGAGCAUGCCGGGGAGGUGUUUAGUAAGAUUGCCGGGAGCUCGUUGAAGUGUGGUUCGGGGGUGCAGACGGGAACGAAUUCCUCGGGGGUCUUUCAGGAUGUUGGGGGUGGUAUGUUUUUUCUUUCCUUGCUAUUUUCAGUUUUCUUGAGUGGUGGUGGGGGGAAGGUAGAGAAGGGCUAUUUGCGAGAUGAGAUGAGAAGGAAUGGCUAACUGGAGAUUCUGUAGUCAACACCUAUAUCGCAUACCCCCCCGGACCCGUUGAAUCCCGCUCAAACGCUACCGCGAUCCUAUAUCUGACUGAUAUCUUCGGUCUGCCAUUAGUAAACAAUCGUUUGUUGGUCUUCUCCUUCUCUGAUACAAUUUCGGAUUGAGAAACUAAUUUGAAACUAGACUCGGUGAUUCGCUAGCGCAAGCUGGAUAUUUCGUUGUCAUGCCAGAUUUGUUUGCCGGAGAAGCGAGUAUGUGUUUCCUUUCAAACCCCUUUGGCUGGUAUGAGGCUUUGAUUUCAAUGCUGAUAUGAGAAAUGUAGUUAAGGUGGAAGAAUUUGGAACCCCAGAGUUCAAUAUGACGGCUUGGUCGGCGAGACAUACAGCUGCUGCCGUGGAUCCGAUUUUGGAGUCUCUGAUUACUACUAUGCGUGGUAGUUGGGGAGUUACCAAGAUUGGAGCUGUUGGAUAUUGGUAUGUCCCCCCUUCGUGAGAGCAAAAGGCUAUGUUUGAAGAUUGUACUAAUGGUUCCCAGCUUCGGAGGAAAAUACGUAACCAGAUUUCUUGCAGAAGGAAAGGGUCUCGACGCUGGAUUCACAGCACACCCCAGUUCCGUCGUGGCAGCUGAGUACGAAGGAAUCACCAAACCGCUUAGCAUCGCUUACGGACGUUUGUCUCUCCUCCCCUCCCAUUACUUUCCACAGCCCCUACCCAUCCCCCUACAAACCCCAACCAGUAUAAAAACUAAACUAUCACCACAAUCACAGAACUCGACGGAGCCAACACCCCCACCCAAAGAGCCGCCGCCGAAACCAUCUUCCAGAGCAAGAACGCCACCUACCAAACAUCGCUCUACUCCAACGCGGAACACGGAUUCGCAGUGCGCACUGAUAUCAGUGUGCCCAUGAAGAAGUUUGCGCAGGAGGCGGCGUAUUUUCAGGCGGUUAAUUGGUUUGAUCAUUGGGUUAAAGGUUAAGGGGUAGGCUUAGAGCUUGAGAGAUUGUGGA